AGGACCCGGAAGCAGGGCUUUAAGCAAGGUCACGGAGCAGAGCUUCCCCAAACAGGGAUUGAACCUGGGCCACAGCCGUGAGAGCCUGGAAUCCUAACUACUAGGCCACCAGAGAAGUUCCAGGAAGAGGGUACGUUGAUUCUAAGCAUUAAACAGCAUCUUUCAGACUUUGAAGACUGACUACUAAAGAAUCAUGGUGCCUAAGGAAAAUGCCCAGAAGAGGAGGACCAGGAAAGAACAGGAUUCUGGAAUGGCUCUUUCUCAGGAACAGUUGACCUUUCAGGAUGUGGCUAUUGAAUUCACCCAGGAGGAGUGGGAAUGCCUGGACCCUGCCCAGAGGGCCUUGUACAGGGACGUGAUGGUGGAGACUUACGGGAACCUGCUCUCCCUGGAUAUCUGUCCUACACAUGUGAUGAAGCAGUUAAAACCAAAAGCGAACGGUGACCGAGGAGAAGUAUUCCAAACAACGAUGUUGGGAAGACCUGAAAGCCAUGAAAUCAAACAUUUGCAUAUCCGGGAAAUCCAGGAAGACUUUGAGUGUCAGGGCAGAGAUGAUGAAAGCAAUGACAAAGGAAUGCCUGUAACCCAGAAAGGAGGUCUCACUGAUGGAAGAGACGAACAUGGUAGAAGGGAUGCAGGAAUCAAGCCCAUUGGAAACAGACUUCGAUUAAAUGUUCAGGAGAAACUGCAGCGAUUUAAAACUGACGGGGUAUUUUAUGAAUGUGAUGAAGUUGAGAGGCCUAGCAACAGUCGUUCCUCAUUUUCACCACUUCAAAGAAUUCCUCCUAAUGUCAAAACCAACAUCCCUAAUACCCAUGAGAAUGAUUUUAUCCAUCCUUCAGUACAGACACAAGAGCAGAAAGCACUCAGGAAAAGACCUUACAAAUGUGAUGAGUGUGGCAAAACCUUUCUUCAGGAGUCUCACCUUAUUAGACAUCGGGUCACCCACACAAGAGAGAAAUUACAUAAAUGUGAUGUAUGUGGCCGAGUCUUUAGUCAUAAGUCAAGGCUUGCAACCCAUCAGAGAAUUCAUGCUGGGGAGAAGCCCUACAAGUGUAACGAGUGCGGCAAAACCUUUAAUCAGGGCUCAUACCUCAGGAGACAUCAGAUCAUUCAUACAGGAGAAAAUGCAUAUAAAUGUGAUGUAUGUGGCAAACUCUUUAGCCGAAACUCACACCUUGUCUCUCAUCGGAGAAUUCAUACUGGAGAGAAACCGUAUCAGUGUAAUGAGUGUGGCAAGGGUUUUAGUCAAAAUGGGACCCUUGCAAAUCAUCAGAGACUUCAUAGUGGAACGAAACCUUAUAAAUGUAAUGAAUGUGGCAAGGCCUUUACUGUAAAGAGAUCCCUUUCAAGUCAUCACAGUGUUCAUACUGGUGAGAAACCUUACAAAUGUAAUGAAUGUGGCAAGGCCUUUAGUCAAAAAUCAUACCUUCGAGUUCAUUGCAGAAUACAUACUGGAGAGAAACCUUUCCAAUGUAAUGAUUGUGGCAAGUUCUUCCGUCGAAAUGCACACCUUAGAAUUCAUCAGAAUUCGCAUCGGAAAAGUCCUCAGAGAGUACAUAAUGUAGAGAAACCUUUCAGAUGUAAUGAGUGUGGCAAGGCCUUUAGUGCAAAGGGAACACUUUUAAGUCAUCAGAGAGUUCAUACUGGAGAGAAACCUUACAAAUGUAAGCAAUGUGGCAAGGCCUUUCGACAAAGAUCACAUCUUCGAAUUCAUUUGACAGUACAUAGUGGAGAGAAACCCUUCAAAUGCAGUGAGUGUGGCAAGUUAUUUAGUCGAAAUUCAUACCUUAGAAACCAUCAGGGAGUACAUGUUGUAGAGAAAGCUUUCAAAUGUAAUGAGUGUGGCAAGGCCUUUAGUAUAAAGACAACCCUUUUAGGGCAUAAGAAAGUUCAUACUGGAGAGAAACCUUUCAAAUGUAAUGAUUGUGGCAAGUUCUUCCGUCGAAGUUCACACCUUAGAAGUCAUCAAAAUACACACCUUAAAACUCAUCAGACAGGACAUAUUGUAGCGACACGUUUCAAAUGUAGUGAAUGUGGCAAGGGCUUUAGUCGAAAAGCACAUCUUCAAGUUCAUUGGAGAAUACAUACUGGAGAGAAACCUCACAGAUGUAAUGAGUGUGGCAGGGCCUUUAGUGUAAAGGCAACCCUUGCAGGUCAUCAGAGAGUUCAUACUGGAGAGAAACCUUACAAAUGUGAUGAGUGUGGCAAGGCCUUUAGUUUAAAGGCAACCCUUGCAAAGCAUCAGAGAGUUCAUUCUGGAGAGAAACCUUACAAAUGUAAUGAGUGUGGCAAGGUUUUUCGUCAGUUUGUAGCCCUUGCAAGUCAUCAGAGAGUUCAUACUGGAGAGAAACCUUACAAAUGUAAUGAAUGUGGCAAGGCCUUUUGUCAAAAAUCACAUCUUCGAGCUCACUGCAGUAUACAUACUGGAGAAAAACCUCACAAGUGUAAUGAAUGUGGCAAGGUGUUUAGUCGGAAAUCAAACCUUGCAACUCAUAAGAGAAUUCAUACUGGAGAGAAACCUUUCAAAUGUAAUGAGUGUGGCAAGGCCUUUAGUGUAAAGGCAACCCUUGCAAGCCAUCAGAGAGUUCACACAGGAGAGAAACCUUAUAAAUGUAAUGACUAAGGCAGAGCCUUUCGUCGAAAAUCACACCUUUGAGUUCACUGGAGAAUACAUACUGGAGAGAAACCACACAAAGCAAAAUGUGUGCUACAUUUCCUAACCGAAGGUCUACACUGUGGAACAAUGAGAAUUUUAACAAUGGGAAAUUGAAGAGGGAACUUUCUAAUGUAGUGGAUGUUUUAAAUUUUUACAUCAAGUAUCCGCACAUUGGUGUAAUGAGAGCAUUCAUACAGGUCAGGAUGUAUACACAUGGAGACUCUUUGCAAAACAGUGCGUCCUUAAAAAACAAAAACAAAAACAGUGCAUCCUUAGGGUUCACCUAAGAACCCAUAUUUGGGAGAAUUCUUAGAAAUGUAAGGUAUGAGGUGAAUACUUUGAGCAAUUGUUAAAACAGACCAUACACCAGAGAAUGCAAACUAGGAGUAAAUCUUUGGUUCUCUUAGAUGUUCCAUACUGCAGAAUCAUUACAAGUCACCAGCUGUUAAAACUUAAAAUAUGAUGUGUAUAUUUUAGGAAGAAGGACAUUUGUGGAAAUGGCCCGUUGUCUUCAGUGUAUAAAUAUUCGAUUAAUUCAUUUAUCUUCAAAACCGUACAUUACUGUUUGUGCCUUUCAACCUGAAGUUUGAAGUAAUAGGCAAGAACGGGGACUUCCCUGGUGGGCCAGCGGUUAAGACUCUGUGCUUUCAAUGCAGGGGGCAUGGGUUCAGUCCCUCCUUGGGGAACUAAGAUCUCAAAUACUGUGGGGUGUGGCGAAAAUUAAAAAUAAAUAAAUAAAUAAAACUAUUGGGAUGCAGUAAUAGAGAAGAAGAAGUCUGACUUUAUUUGGACCUGUUUCUUUUACCUUAACCUUUGUAUUCUGUUGCUUUUGGUAGAUAGAAGUGAAUCACUAAAGGGAUGUUGCCUAUAAGCUUACAUUAUAUAUAUGGGGCCAUCUCUGGGUACCCUGCCACCCUUGGAAUGAGUGUUAAUGUCAGAUACCUUUGGUUACCUCCCAGGAAACUCUGACCAGGCCCACCUGUGUAUGGCUUCACGAAGGAAGAAAUUAACAUACCCCUUCUGGAAUGUCACCGAGAAAAUCAGUCCAUCUAAGAAAAAAAUGGAAAACUUUAUUUGAGCCAAAAUAGAGCUGGGAAGAGCAUCUCAGAAAGCUCUGAGAACUGUUCUGCCUGUUAGAAAUCACGGCACAGUUACAUAAUUUUUGUGAGACAGAUGGCUGUACAUCUGAUGACAUAUUGUUGACAGUUUACAUAAUCCAGGUCUAAGCAGCAUCUUGUUGGUUGUCUUGUUGGUGCUUGGGGAUGGUUUUCUUUCUGGCUGAGCUCUUGUUCCUGCUGAUGGGUCAGGUUUGGUUGAUGCGUCAGGCAAAUGCACGAUGCGCCAUGUGGAGAGGAAGGAGGCCCCAGGGCAGAGGGGAGUUCGUGUUUCAAUUUUCCUUGUCUUACUAUAAGACAAGACUCCUUUCAUAGGAGUCUGACCUGUAGCAGGAUUUUACUCCCUUCACUUGUAGUAUCAAAGAAGCCUGAGUUCUGAGUCAGGGAAGAUAGUCCUUUGGGAUACUUGUUGGCUGUCUUUUCCGUCUGCUGGUUUUCCGAAUAAAGUUGCCGUUCUUUUCCCCAGCAACUAGUCUCUGGAUGUAUUGGCCUGUUCUGAGGAGUAAGAGCUUGUCCUUGGUAACAUGGUGAUCUUACACCUUCAUUACAGGCCUUUGACGAUGGUCUCUGGAAUAGAAUCAAUAAGAUGAAGAGGCCGACUUCAUUAGGUGUGGUUCAUUCACAUCCAUGUUUGCUGUAGAAACAAGGACCCUGAGUUAUUAAAUCCAAUAGUGUGAAUGGGUGUCAGGUGGUGCAGAGAGUAGUGUAAUACUGUGAGUUGACUCAUCAUGGUUCUUAUGUUCAGGGUGCCCUUUGGUAGAUAGCCCAGUGUGCGUUACAGUGCAGAAUGCACUACCUACUGACUACAAACGUUUUUUGGAGUUUUUUUGGCCACACUGCACAACACAUGGGAUCUUAGUUCCUCGACCAGGGAUUGAACCCAUGCCCCCUCCAGUGGAAGCUCUGGUAGCAAGGAGUCUUAACCACCUGACUGCCAGGGACUUCCUGGACUUUUUUUGGCCUGAGCAGAGAGUGACAGAUUAUUGGGGACUGUUUAUCCAGUAACAAUAAUGCAGGUAAAGUUGUUCACUUUCUCCAUUGAAUGGCAAUAACAGUUGUUUAUGUUUCACGGAAAAUUAGUCUUAGUUGUGGAAAUUGAAGAGAGAUGUGCUCUGGACAGAAAGAUUUAAUGAAAAUAUUCAGAAUAGUGUUUGUAUGUGUAUAAUUCACAUUUAACUGUUGCCAUUAUAUUUUGCUACUAUUUUAUGCAGGAUGUAUCAUUAGUCUUCUGUUUCAACUAAUAAAAUUAUCAACUUUGUCACAACCCUGCAGGUAUGUUAUUCCUUUUUCCAACAGUUUUAUUCUGUCUGCAACAGUUUUAUUCCAUCUCUGUACUUUAUAGCAGAAGUUAACAAUGCACCAUUAGUAUCUCAGAGUUGAAAAAAUCUAUAACAAUCUUUCCAAUAUGGGAUCAGACAACAUACAAGUUGGAGAUUGUACUUGAGUUAUUCUUUCCACACUCUAUUCCAGAAUACUCAAAUGCCUAUAAUGCAAGUAGUGUAAAGCAGUGCCUUUCAGACUCUCGACUUCAAUUCGUGUACAGCAGUUCAGCCAUGGAAAUUGAAAGAUCUAAUUGCCUUAUUCAAUAUUUGUGAAUUGGGCAGCAUCACACCUAGUAAGUCACGUGCUCCAUGGAGCUGUAGAAACUGGAAAAGCCCAUGAUGUUGAGCAUCUUUUCAGGGGCUUUCUGAAUGUGUAUCUAUGAUAGAUUGUUGGUUUGUGCUGACUGUGAAAGUUUUCACAUGGAUAUGGGACUCUCUGUGCUUCCUGGACUUGGGUAACUCUUUUCCCAUGUUAGGUAAUUUUUCAGUUAUUGUCUCUUCAAAUAUUUUCUCAGGCCCUCUCUCUCUUCUGGGACCCCUAUAAUGUGAAUAUUGGCACAGUUACUGUUGUCCUAGACAUAAAUUGUCCUCAUAUAGAUAGCUGCUGGGAAGCUGCUGUGUAACACAGGAGAUCAACUCGAUGAUGGGUGGUGACUUAGAG